AUGUCGAACCAGUCAUCUGAAGAAGACCUACCUCCAUUCCCAGAGCCAGAGAUCUCCUCUCUGAUACUCGAGAACAAGCCCAACGCCAAACUCCACUACACAUACUACCCAGCAUCUACAUCCCAACCUCACCACCCGAACCCCUUCGCCCAAAGCCUCAUCGUCUUCCUCAACGGCCUACUCUCCCCCCGUUCCUCCUGGGACGCCUCCAUCAACGACUUCCUCGAAAAACGCAUCUCCUCCCGCCUCCCCUAUCCCGCGCUCCUCUCCUACGACCGCUACGGCCAAGGCGACUCCGACCACGACCCCGACGACCCGGAUCCCCCACCCAGCCACAGCCACGACGCCAUGUCGGCCGUCCGCUCGCUCAAGCAAUUCCUCCUCCAGAUCUGGAAAGAGCACCUCGACAUGUCGAACCCAUCCCAAUUCCCGUCCCUAAUCCUCGUCUGCAACUCCAUCGGCUGCGCCCUCGCGCGCCUCUUCUCCCAAACCUACCCAGGCACCGUAUCCGGUCUCCUAUUCCUAGACUCCGUAAUCGCAAACUCGGACCUCGUCUCCAUCUGGCCGGACCCCUCCUCCCCAUCCUUCGACCCCCUCACCCUCCCCCCCGGCACAACCACCGACGACGUCCUCGCAACCCGCGCCGCGUAUCUCCAAACAUUCCACCCAGACGUCCCGAACGACGAGGGCCUCUCCCGCCGCAACCUCGCCACCCUCCUCCCCUCACCCUCCUCCCCCUCCCUCGAGGGACCCGACUCCCAGCCCCCGUACCUCACCGUCGCAGGCCACGACUGGGCCACGUUCGCGGACCAGUGUCUCACGGGUUCCCUGCGCACCCCGCGCGCGCUGACGAUGACGUACAUGAACCCCGCGUGGCAGAGGUACAAUGAGGGGUUGGUGGGGAUAACGCAUCCGCAGCGGGCGAUUGGGCCGAUCAUCGCGGUCGGGUGUGGGCAUUUCGUGCAGAAGGAUGGACCCGGGUUCGUGGCGGAUGAGAUGGUGAGUCUGCUGGAUCGGAUGGUGAAUAGGGUCGAGCAGAUGGCGGAGCAUGAUGCUAAUGAGAGGGCGUCCGAGUCGAAUCCGAGUUUGCAUUCUUCGCUGUCUUGA